AUGUAUCCGCGAAAAAGCUUAUUGGAUCUAAAUAAUAAUAUGUUGGACGUGAAUAAUUUGUUUCCAACGCCCAUGGAAAGUGAUUUAUUGCAGACAUUAUUAAAUCCAGGUCGAUCACCAUAUAACCAAUCAACGCCAAUAAAUUCAAGCUCAAAUGAUUCAACAACCCCCGAGUCCCUCAUAGAUGUAUCUAUGAAAUCUUUUAUGAAAACUGAUAAUGAAACUCCUAGUGCAGUACGACGCCAUCGUCCAAUAUUUGGUCGAAGAAUUAUGAUUGGGGAUGCACAGCCAACAUUUGAACCAACUCACACACCAAGCUUUGAAACAACAUUGGAUAAAAGUCUUUCAAAUAUUUGGAAAGAGGACAAUGACUCUGUAUUCUCACAAACACCCCCAAAGUAUUAUAAUAAUGAAUACAAUUACAAUAAUAGUGAAUUCUAUGAACUAUUUCCGAAAGAGAGCAGAUCAACAAUUGGAAACAAUUUGAUGAACAAUAGAAACUUUUCUAUGACAUCUUCUGAUUUGUCAUUAAAUAUGAACACAUAUCAAUCACAGUUCACAUCAGCAAACUCUUCAAAUAUGAGGGCUUUAAAACCUUUUGGGCCGACACAAUUCGGACCAUUGACCACACCACAAGUAACAUUUGAGAGUAGCUCAAAAUUUCCGUUCAAUACGAAGAUAUGUUCAUUUUGCCGGAAGAAUGGCGAAGCUCCAAACGUGUACGGGACACAUACUGUGAGGCAGAAAAUAGGAAACAGAAGCGUUGUUAUGUGCCCCAUCUUGAGACGUCACGUGUGUAACACAUGCGGAGAGACCGGAGACAACGCACAUACCAUAACAUACUGCCCCAUUUUGAGAAGAACAAACAAUGGUGCACCGCUUCAGUCUACCACAAUUACUCUGAAGAAUACUCGUGUUAAGAGCAAUGGUAGGAGACGAUUUUGAAUUUUAUCGGUUUAUGUAAAAAGUAAUUUAUUUCCCGCAAAGAAAG